GGCACCAGGGAUCCCAUGGCGUCCCGCGGGGGCUUUCUGGGCCUCCAGCUCUGCCUCCUGCUCCUCCAGCCUCUGCUCGGUAAGGAUUACCGCCCCAGCCAGGGUCCUGCGUUGACCUCAGGAAGCCCAGAGACGCCGUCGCCUCCAGGGCUCCUGGAAUCCUCGAUGCCAGUAUCCACUGCAACCCCUGGGCCUCCAACACUCACAGUGGGAGAGGCCGCAGAGUCCACCCAGACCACUGGAUCCCAAACGUUCUCUCCUCAAGUGAGCCAACCAGGAUGUGGCCACAGGUCUAUGAGGAUAGUUGGGGGAAUGGCGGCCCCCAGGAGGAAGUGGCCCUGGCACGUGAGCCUGCAGAUCAAUAACAAACACAUAUGCGGAGGCUCCCUCAUUGCCAGCCGGUGGGUGCUGACCGCUGCCCACUGCGUCACUGGCCAUGAGGACUAUACAGUACGGCUGGGAGACAAAUCGUUAUAUCCUAAUUCCAAAACGACGCUGGUGGUUCCAGUUGAAGACAUCGUUUGCCACCGCUUUUUUGACGAUACAACUUUGAGGCACGACAUUGCCCUCGCUCUGCUGGCCUUUGCUGUGAAUUACUCCUCCUACAUCCAGCCUGUGUGCCUCCCUGAGAAGUCUUUCCAAGCAGAAACUGGGACGGAGUGCUGGGUGACUGGCUGGGGCCGACCGGAAGAAGUUUUAGCACCGAUGCCAGUUCUUCUGCAGGAGACGGAGCAACACAUUCUUCACCACAAGAAAUGCAACUGGAUAUUGCAGACACAGUUAGGAACGUUUCGCAGCAUGGUGAGAAAAGGGAUGAUCUGUGCCUAUCGAGCAGAGAAGAAGGGUAUCUGUAAGGGAGAUUCUGGAGGCCCCCUGGUCUGUGAAUUUAAUGAAACAUGGGUCCAGGUGGGGAUUGUGAGCUGGGGCAUUGGCUGUGGUCGCAGAAAUUUUCCUGCAGUUUAUACAGAAGUUAGUUUCUAUAGGGACUGGGUCAUUGAUCACUUGAGUCAGGCUUGCUCUUGGGACUCAGCAGGCUUUUUCAUACUUCUGUGCCUGGUGCUGCCCCUGGGCAUCCUGGUGGCCCCAUGAUCACCCCUGCCCACUCCCCUCCUGUUUCUGACUCUUAACACUGGGCCUGUCCUCCAACCUCCCCCUCCUCCUCAUUGCCCUUUCCUCCAAUGCUGGUUGGGAUCCACUGACCCCGUAGAGAGCUACCCAGUAGAGAGUGGCAGUAAGCCUGGAGCCCUGAAAGUGUCCCAGCCUGAAGCCCCAGUCACCUGCCUCGGCCACACCCACACCUUGGUUGUGCUCUGCCUGCUGGGAAGGAGGCAGCCGACCUGCCACGUGGAGCCCGGUGCUUCCCUGACGCCUUGGAGAGCUUCUACCAAAGAAGAGACCUCGUGAGCAGUGAGACAGCAUUCGACCUGGCUGUGGCCUCAGGCUUUCACCUGAGAGUGAGCUUGGUGAUUGUGCAGAGAGAGCCAGG